CCGCUUUUCUUAUGGGGCGGACAGAGUUGUUGUCGGGACAGUGGCACCCCUCAACUUUUCUCAAACACUGCACACGGUGUCCGACGUCCUGCCAUGCUGGGACUUUAACGAAUUUCGAAUCGCUGGUCUAUUUCCUUGCGCUCCUGAGUCAUGGCUCCGUUUGGAAAAAACUUCCUGAAAGCGCGACUGAAAAACAGGACAAAAGAUGCCGAGCCUGUAGUAGGGAAGGAGAUUCAGGUUACUGUCUGCAAUGAGGAGAAAGUUGUCUGUGGAGUAACGAAGCACACAACAUGUGCAGAUAUGAUUCAGGCGUUACUGGAUGAUCACAAGUCAAUCCCAGAGAGCAAGCGGCUCCUGCACGGGGAACCCAAAGACUUCUGUCUCGUUGAGCGGUGGAAGGGUUUUGAGAGAGCCUUGCCUCCUCUCACCAGAAUCCUGAGACUCUGGUAUGCCUGGGGUGACCAGAGACCCUCCAUCCAGUUUAUUCUAGUCAAAACCAGCGAUUUUGUGCUUCAGUCCACCAAGAAGGGUGGAAAGUCCAAGGGGGCCAAGCCAAAGCGAUGGGAGCACGGUCGUGCUCAAUACACCCAGUCUCUGCCGGUGGAGAGGCAAAAGCGCAUAGUGAAGAAAGCUUUCCGGAAGCUGGAAAAGCUUCACAAGGAGAGCAAGAGCUCCCAGGGUGCUGACGAGAUUGAUGGAAUGGUGCAGCUUAUUCUCAACCAGGACCACACCAUCCGGGAGCAGAUCCAAAGCAUGAGAGAGCUGGAUUUGGAGAUCGAGCGGUUUGAGCUGCAAUUGCAGAAGGAAGCUGAGUCUGAGAGUUCACUGGCUCAGGCUUGUGGUCAGAGUUUGGAGGCGCAUAGUGACCAGCAGCUGCAAGAGUACCUGUACACCAGCGAUGGAGUCGAACAGCUUGAGCUGCAGGUUCAGAGGCACCAGGAGCUCAUCCUCCAGCUGUCCCGGGAUAUUGACGCUGAGCUGAGGAGGGCCAACUUCCCUCUGAGCCAAUAUGAGGACAGUGAACAGGAAGGAGUCGCGGCUGCUUCCUGGAUCCCCUUGGAGACAGAUGAAUCAUUCUACACUGCCGAACUUGAGAGGUUGCAGGAUGAACUGAAGCACAGUCUCUUCACUGGUGUGUCUCUUCACAACCAAACUGCAGAAAUAGACAAGAAGCUGAAGUACUAUGGUGCUACGCUGGUCUCCAAGGAUCAGGAGUGCUGGCAACUGGCUGCCCAGCUGAGCUCACUGCAAAUUGGGGACGGAGAAGAGGAGGAGGAGUCCAGUCCUGUCCCUCUGAAAAGUGAGACUCAGUGCAGCGUCUCACAGAAACACAAACACAGCCUGUCUCCUCUAGACGUUACAGACACAGACUCAGACACUGGGAUUAGCUCCACACACAGUCAAGACUCGCUGUCACCAUGUCUCGACUUCCCUCCCCCACUGGACACAGACGUUUGAACAACCCAGUUGACCCUGCAAUUUAAUGUUGUGUGCACUAGCCCCAGUUUGUGCCUGCCAUGUGUGAUCACAUUUGAGUUACAGACCUAAGCAUCAGUUUUUUUCUGAAAGAUCAAUCUGUGGUGAUCUUUUAUGAAGCAUUAAGGUCAUUUAACUGGAGCUGAAACCAUUAUAAUAAUUAUUUUGAUAAUAGAAAAAUAGUUUCCAAAAUGGUAAAAGUUCUUUGCUUUCAGCUUCUCAGGUGUAUCUUUGAGUUUUAGACUGUUGCAAUGUGAGGGUGUUAACUUGGAAAUUAUAAUGAAAUUUAAAAAAAAAAUCAUUCAUCCAUUAGUAAUCAACAGAUUGAUCAAUAAUAAUGAUUGUUUUUGCACUUUAAGGUAUUUUCUCAAUCAAAAACAGAGCUAAAAGUGAAAUACCUCCUUUCGAUUUGUAGGAUGUUAACCACAACUAAUCAUCAUCUAACUCAUCCGGUAUAUUUAUCCACAAUGUUAUGUUCCUUUUUUUUUAUUUUAAUACGUAAUAAUGUAUUUUUUUGUAUAUUUUUCUUGUGUCGUAAAAAAGGAGCAAGGUGAUAUUUCUCAAUCCAAAAGUGAUGUGAGUCACAACUUAGAAAACAGGUUUUAAAUCAUUUUUCUUCAGUGAACAAGUUUUUUUUUAUUCAGACGGACAGAAAAGUCUUUGAGGAUUCUGGAAAUACCUUUGAAAAACACCUGCAAGUGUUGUUAAACAACCUUCUGGGUUUCUGAAAGGCAAAGGGACGCUUAAGUCUGUGACUCAAAUGUAAUGUAAUACAUGCAAGGCGCAAAACGAUAAUACAUGGAAGGAACAAAACUGGAGCUAUGUAUGCACCAACUAUAGUCCUCAAUCACUGUUUAUGACAGCUGGGUUUCUCGACUUUUAAGUGUACAUUUUUACCCCCAAAGAGGCAAAGACUGUUUCCUUAGCACUAAGGUGUACCAAUGUCGUUUCUUUCAUUUCUUAAUAAUGGUGAAUGUAUGCAUCUUUCCCUUCUGAAAAGUUCUCAAGCUAUUUAUGAAGCUGCACUUCUUUGUACACACGUAUAAGUCUAUUAACAAUGUUUUAUAUUAAAACAAAUAGCUAACUGUUUUGGAUGUAGAACUUAAGAUUUGUUUAGAAUUUAACAUUCCUCUUGACUACACUGUAAAUUUAAUGCUGUAACCACUGUAAAUGACUGUUCUUAUGACACAGGCACAAUUUGUAAAGACGAUUUGAUAAAACAACUGAAAUAAAAAAAUAUUUAUUUAUCAUGUAAUUGUAUUUUACAGAUGAGAUUUUAUUAUGACAGUUUCCCCUCUGAGGCAAUAAUCUCCAUCUGCCACCAAUCUGAUCAAACACAUCAUGUUCAGGGCUACAAUUAACACAAAUAUGUGGACUACAUCUGUGUAAACCAUGCUUAAAAACAAAAGCUAUGAUGAAGUAAAAUGUACAUUUCAACUUCCAUAAUAAACACUAAUACUGUAAAUGUCACAAAGAGUAA